AUGGUUAAGGUAUUGAAUUUUACUGGUCAACAGCAAGUUCUCAUUAGAACUCCGGAAGAUGAAUCAACUUCUUUCUCCUUUCUAGAAAUUAUAGACAGAGUGGAUCGAUUACCAUUAGAUUAUGAACGUAAUGAUAACUACAAAGAAAACGUUUAUCAGUUAACAACGCAUGAUGGUCUUAAGAUUGGAUUUGUUUUAAGUUUUAUAUUGGAAGAAUUCAGACGUGUUGAUAACAAAGUCUUCGAGGAAAUAUUUUUAGUUGAUGAAAAGAAACAUAGUAUUUCAUUUAGAAGUACCGAUUUUGAUCAAAGAAAUAAACAAAUUUCAGAUUUUGCCAAAUCGUUAUAUGAUAAAUCAACGUUGGAAGGUAUAAAGGGUUGGAGGAAUGAAAGAUAUGCAGUAUGGGCUCCUAGAGCGAUACCAUAUGUCCUCGUGGAAAGAGCCAUGGCAGGCAUCUUGGGAAUAAUUACAUACGGUGUGCAUAUCAAUGGUUAUGUCGUGGACGAAACUACAAGGGAAAUCAGAGUUUGGGUUCCCAGAAGAUCAGCAAAUAAACCGACAUGGCCAUCGAUGCUGGAUAAUAUAAUUGCAGGUGGACUAGGUUAUCCAUACGGCAUUGAAGAAACCGUUUUCAAGGAAAGUGUUGAAGAGGCUAACUUACCAAAAAGUGUCAUUAAAAAAUGUAUCAAAGCAGCAGGCGUUGUUUCAUACUUAUAUUAUCCUAAAAAUAUCCAAGAAGAUACUUUUACAACAGAGUCAAGUUUCAUUGUUGGAGAAGUCGAAUAUAUCUAUGAUUUGAAGUUAGAUCAUGAUAUAAUACCAACACCAAAUGACGGUGAAGUAGACAGUUUUAAUUUAUUUACUUUGCAAGAAGUUAUUGAAGCUUUGCAAAAUGGUGAAUUCAAACCUAAUUGUGCCUUAGUGAUGGUGGAUUUUUUAAUUAGACAUGGUUAUAUCACCACUGAAAACGAACCAAACUAUCUGGAAAUAGUUAAUAAGAUGCAUAGGGCCCUCCCUUUUCCUACACUAAAUUAA